UCGAACUGUCAACAUGACAAUAGUAAACAAGUUUCUAAAUAAACUCUAGAUAUUUCAACAAAAAAUAUCUUAAUCCAAUCGAUUAUUCUUUUGGUGCCCUUUUGGUACAUAAUUAAGUGUAUUUAUUUAGUUAAUCCGUGCAUUAAAUGUAGUCUAUUAAGCGGACACUCAUUUUAAUUUGCAUAAAUAUAAAAGUAGUGUAGUGAUAGUGAGAUAGUAAAUAUGCUAACCCCUGGAGUAAGAAUUGUAAGGGGCCCAGAUUGGUCUUGGGAGAAUCAAGAUGGUGGCGAAGGUCAUGUGGGAACUGUGUGUGAAAUUGGAAAGUCGGGAACUGUAGGAUCUCCGGACAAAACUGUGGUGGUACAGUGGGAUAAUGGAACUAGAACCAAUUACAGGGUUGGUUAUUUAGGCAAAUACGAUCUACGAGUUAUAGACAAUGCACAAAUUGGUGUUAAACAUCCAAAUAUUGUUUGUGAUGGAUGUGAUAGUCAAGGAAUAAGUGGAAUGAGAUAUAAAUGCACUAUUUGUUAUGAUUACGAUUUAUGUUAUAUGUGCUAUCAUGGCGAUAAACAUGAUUUGAGCCAUAAUUUUAAAAGAUUCGAUUCUGCCACUUCAUUAGGAAGUGACCUUCCACCACGUUUGAAUGGUAAAAAAUGUGAACUGAACGGAAUUUAUGUAGGAGCAAAAGUUGUCCGUGGUUUUAAUUGGGAGUGGGGUAAUCAAGAUGGAGGAGAAGGUAAAGUUGGUCGAGUUUUAGACAUCAGAGGUUGGGAUAAUGAAAGCAGUAGGUCUGUUGCAAAUGUGCAAUGGUUUUCGGGCAAUACAAAUGUAUAUAGACUAGGUCAUAAAGGAAAUUGUGAUAUAAAAUUCAUAGAGUCAUCAUCUGGUGGUUACUAUUAUCCAGAGCAUCUUCCAGUAUUAGGCCAAAACGUAGAACAAACAGUAGUUCGUCCAAAUAGAUCCGGCCCACCUCCUUUUGGAGUUGGUGAUAAAGUUCAAGUUACUGUGUCAGUAGAACAGCUCAAAGCCAUGCAACAGGGGCAUGGAGGAUGGAAUCCGAGAAUGGCAGAGUACAUUGGAAAAGUAGGCACCGUUCAUCGAGUAACGGACAAAGGUGAUAUCAGAGUCCAAUAUGAAGGAUGUAACAAUCGCUGGACUUUUAACCCCGUAGCUCUUCACAAAGUAAACAGUUUUGCUGUUGGGGAUAUAGUAAGCUUAAUAACAGAUGUUGAAAAAGUUAAGGAGCUGCAGAAAGGACAUGGCGAGUGGAUAGAAAUAAUGAGAAAUUCAUUGGGAAAAUUGGGGAAAGUAUUAAAAAUUUAUUCAGAUGGAGAUUUGAGAGUUCAACUAGAUGGUCACGCAUGGACGUUGCAUCCACAAUGUGUCAAAAUUAUCCCUGGUAGUGCAGCCGAAUUAGCCAACACUAUGCACGCAACACAAAAUCAAAGACAAGAACCGUCAAUUCAAUGGUCUCCUGCCAAUCAAGACGUACAAACUAAUGGAGUGGUAGAUCAGUUAGUAAGAGCGGCGGCUCAGGGUCAUUUAGAAACAGUACAAAGACUGCUAGAGGGCAUACCUCGCAACAUGGUGGACAUGCGCAGCAGCGGCAAAACAGCGUUGCAAGUGGCAGCACAUCAGGGCCACUCUGCAGUGGUCAAGUUAUUGCUCCAUGCAGGGGCGUCUGUAAAUGCAAGCGAUAAUGAUGGUGACACCUGUCUGCAUUAUGCCGCAUUUGGCAAUCAGCCUGAGGUAUUGGACUUGCUGAUAAAAUCAGGCGUGGAGUUAAAUGUCGCUAAUAGAAGCGGUUGUACUGCCCUUCAUAUAGCAGCACAUAAACAGCCCGCUCGUUGUAUUCAAAUAUUAUUGGCUGCUGGUGCGAAUCCAAACUGCACAGAUUUGUACGGUGAUACGGCGCUGCAUGAUGCUAUUGGAAAAGACAGCUAUCAAGUUAUCGAGUUAUUAUGCAUGGCCCAAGGAACCGAUUUCACCCUGCGUAAUAAACGCGGCUUCAAUGUGUUGCACCAUGCUGCACUGAAAGGAAAAAACUUUGCCACAAGGAAGUUGCUGAGUGUGGCAAGACAAUUAGUUGAUGUCAAGAAAGAUGAUGGGUUUUCUGCAUUACACCUUGCUUCCUUAAAUGGUCACAAAGAUGUAGUUGAAACCUUGGUCAGAUUGGGUCAAGCCGACAUUGACCUACGGAACAAUAGAAAUCAGACUGCUCUUUUACUGGCUGUGAGCCAAGGUCAUUGUGGAGUCAUAGAGUUGUUAGUAAAAUUAAAAGCCAACUUAAAUGCCAAAGAUGAAGAUGAAGACACAGCUUUACAUAUUGUACUAAUAAAAAGAAAUCAUUUAAAUGGUGAAGUGAAUCAAGACGAUAGUCCAGACAUUUUUUCUAUAUACGAGAACAUUAAUCACGUCUCAGAGAACAGAUUAGCAAUAGCGAUUGCUUGCUAUCUUAUUCAAAUGGGAAUCGACUUAGACGCUUUAAACAGCAAAGGACAAUCCGCUUUAAAUUUAAUUCAAGAUUCCAGCUUACAAGAAUUAUUAAAAAGCUACAAACCAACCAUGGACAAUAAUCAAAUUCAAAAUACUCAAGAAACGUACAAUUUGGAGAGCCUUACCUUAAACGAAGCCCGAGAGGGUUAUAACUUGACGGACAAUACUCCAAAGAGUAGUCCCGCUAGAAACUUGCAGAGUGAAGAUCAGAAAAACUCCAGGAGAAGUCGCCAAAAGAACGAGAAAUGUUUGGACAUAGGCAGCACGUCACAAGAAAAUUCUCCGAACCAUAAAAACCAUUAUUAUCAAAACGAGAUAGUGGCCAGUAAGCCGGUAGAAUGUUUAGUUUGCUCGGAACUAUCCGAGGAAAAUGUAAAACUUGAACCCUGCAACCACAAACCUGCAUGUGAGGAUUGUUCUUCUAGGAUGAAGAAGUGCUUACAGUGCGGUGUUCUUGUUCAGAAACGAGUUACGAAAGACGGCAGGAUAAUUCCUGCGAAAAGUAGGCAGCCUAGUGCUGAACGAAUGAGAUAUUUGGAAUGUAAAAUAGCAGAGAUAGAAGAGAGCCAUGCUUGUAGCAUAUGCAUGGAGAGGAAACGCAAUGUCGUAUUUCUGUGUGGGCACGGUACUUGCUCUAAGUGUGCCGAUACUUUGAAGACUUGUCAUAUGUGUAGGAAGACAAUUACAAAAAAAAUUCCUAUUUAUUAGUAUUUAUUUUUCAUCAUGUAGUGAUUAGACAUCUUAUAUGCUAAUUUUAAGUUGUAAGAUAACUGUGAUUCAUGUAUAUUGAUUUUAAGUAAUAAUCAAAUGUCAUUCCUAACAUGAAAUUAUUGAAUUCUUAUAUAUUUG